UUUUGCUGCGGAGUGGGGUCGGAUUCAUCGCAUUCCGAUUUACGACCCCACCACACCACGCCACUCCAAUUUGUAUUGUCUCAUUGCUACUUUCAUCAUCAUGCUCCGCCUAAACCACCAUACAAUACUAUACAAUACGAGAAGAAGAGGAAGAAGAAGAAGAAGAAGAAGAAGGACAAUAAAAAAAAAAGGGGUGCCCGGAAAAGAUCUUCUCUCUCUUCCUCCGCCGCCGCGUUCUCCCUGAUCCCAAUCGGAAUCGAAGAUCGCAUCGAUGGAUCCCCCCAUUCGCAGAUUUCGCAUCUUCGGGAAGCAGCAAUCGUUGCACGAUCUCCUCGGGGGCGGAAUCGCUGCGGAUGUGAUGCUGUGGAGGAGGAGAAACGUGCCGAUCGUGAUACUGCUUGGGGCAUUGGCCGCGUGGAUGCUCUUCUACGUUUCUGGAUACACUUUCCUCUCGUUUGCUUCUAAGGUUCUGCUUCUCUUGCUCACCGUUCUAUUCAUUUGGGCGAAAGCAGCAGCAGUUCUUAACAGGCCACCUCCCCCCAUUCCUAAGAUGAAUCUCUCCAAAGAAGCAAUUAGUGAAGCAGCCGUUUUUGUGGGUUCUUAUUUGAAUAAGUUGCUGUCGAUGUUUGAGGACAUUGCACUUGGCAAGGACCCGAAGCUUUUCUACCGGGUAGCUUUCUGUCUAUGGUUGACCUCCAUCAUUGGCGGUUUAACUGAUCUUAUCACUUUGGGUUACACAGGUCUUGUUGUUGUUCUCACUAUUCCGGUGCUAAUUGAGAAGUACGAGGAUUGCAUCGACAGAUACAUGAUGCAGGGUUAUGUGCAAGUACAAACAUGCCAGAGAGUAUACAAAGAGAAUCACACCAAAGUCAAGAAUUGGAUAACGGAAAAGAAGAAAUUAAUCUGACUUUACACUAUAUUUGCGCAGAAGGAAUUUUGCCCCUUGCACAAGAUUUUCGUUGACAUUUUGUCUCCUCCGGAUCUCCGUGGUUUAUGAACCUUAAGAGAGCUGCUUUAAUCCUUUGAGUUUGAAUUGAAAGAUGUGGAAGUUCGUUUUCCCUCAUCUCUACACCAAAAUUGUGUGUAAAUAUAAGUUUCAUGUGUUUGAAAUAGUUUUGAGGACAAAGGCAACCGCAUAACUACACCAAAAUACUUGGUACAGUUGAACUUAGCAGAGUAACGCAUAUUGCCUCUCCACUGUAUUUGGCUGAAUAUAUGUUUUGUAUUAAGGGCUUCAAUCUGAUUUGGGGACUAUCUAUAUAAUUUCA